UGAUGAUGAUGUUAUUAAUACAGUCUAUCAAACCAAUUUGCUAGUAAAUUUAGAUACAACUCCAGAUGUAAUAGCUAAAGAUGUUGCUGCUUUUGUUGUUGCUGAAAUAGAAGGUGGUGAUGAUUUUUCAUGA